AUGGGUUGUACCUUCUUACCCCUAGAAUCAGCUUUUAUGCUCCAGUUCACGCGAUGUUUCGGCUCCAGGACAGCGAAUAAGGGCUUCCAACUUCUCCCUGACUUUAAGCUAAAGUGCGGGCUGGAAAUACAUACGCAGUUGAGCACGCAGAACAAACUGUUUUCGCUUUCCACAAACGACCCUUUCGCAUCUGCAAACCUACCCAAUCAUCACACUUCGUUCUUUGAUGUGUCGCUUCCAGGGUCGCAGCCAAAGCUAAAUCCUGAAGUUGUGCUAUUCGCCACGAAGCUUGCUGUCGCUUUGAACAGUAAAGUGAACUUGAAUUCCCAUUUUGAUCGAAAGCAUUACUUUUACGCAGAUCAGCCUAUGGGCUAUCAAAUAACCCAGCACUACAGUCCUUUUGCAAAGGGUGGAUUCCUGGAACUUUUGGGGUCGUUGGAUAGUAUCGACGAGAAUUCUAAACGGAUUCAGCUCGUGCAACUACAGAUCGAGCAAGAUACAGGAAAAUCAGUCUACCGUGGGUCCGAAGGUAGGUCUCUCAUAGACCUCAACAGAUCUAAUGUCCCACUCAUAGAACUGGUAACGCAGCCGAACUUCACAGACCUGAAACAGAUUAGAGCAUUCAUCAAAAAGUUUCAGAACUUAGUGCGUCACUUGGGCAUCUCGACCGGUGACCUUGAAACGGGCGCCAUGAGAGUCGACGUGAACUUGUCAGUGAAUGGAUAUUCCCGUGUUGAGCUGAAAAAUCUGCCAAAUACCAGUUCGAUUCUAAGUGCGAUAAAAUACGAGUACCAAAGGCAGGUUGGGCUUAUACAGAGUGGUGAGGCAGACAAGUAUCUAAGUUCUUCUGAAACUCGUGGCUGGACAGGCUCGUCGACUGUUAAACUGAGAAGUAAAGAAACUACUAUCGAUUAUAGGUAUAUGCCAGAUCCGGAACUUCCAUCAAUUAAAAUAUCUCCUGGUACUGUGCAAAGUGUGUCACAAUCAAUGCCAAAACUCCCUGACGCGGUUUUGCAUGACCUUAUGUCCGAACCAUACGGCCUCGCUUUGAAAGAUGCCAAAAUAUUGGCAAUCAAAGGAAACGGUCAUGACCAACUUUAUACGCAAACAAGCUUGCUAAAAUAUUAUUUGGAUACCUUCAGUUGCUACUCUACGCUUGCUGGCCAACAACUUAACCCUAGGUUGCCAACAAAUUGGAUCAUUCAUGAGCUUUUAGGAAACUUGAACAGGUUGCAGCUGCCUUUGGAGAAAGCUGCAGAAGCUUUUCCGCCUAAGAAGUUCGCAGAGCUUUUAAUGCUUAUUCAGGACGACAAGAUUUCCAAGGCCAGCGGAAAGCUUCUUCUCUUCCAUAUCCUCAACGAAAUAAACAAAUUGUCGCUAGCUCAACCAGUUGACUUGAGUGCACUUAUCGAAGGCUUCGACUUGAAUGUUAUUAAAAAGAUUGACGCAAAUGAGCUCAGGGAGAUUUGCACGGAGAUAGUUGGUGGGAUCAGCGAUCCCAAGUUAAUUGAGGGGAUUGUUUCAGGAAAGAAGAAAAACUCUCUAAAGUUUUUAAUUGGCCAAGGGAUGCGGGUAUCCCAAGGUCGCAUUAAGCCCCAUCUUUUUGAGCAAGCAUUCAAAGAGCUGCUCAAAGUCAAAUGGUGA